AUGGAUCUAGCACUACCAUUCGACUACACAGUAAUUUCUGCUCAACAACGAGAUGGCCUUGCAAGAGAAAUGAUCAAUCUUACGCAAAAACUUCACAAUACACAAUGUGUCAUCCAUGGAGAUAUCAAACCCGAGAAUAUGCUCAUCAGGCGCUCAGACUUCCGCCUCAUCUUCUGUGAUUUUGCCGAGAGCAGGAUCAGAGACGAAGACCCCAAUCGGUGGCAAGGAGCAACCACCAUCAACUAUCUUGCGCCAAAUAGAGAUCCCAACAAGGCGCCGACCUUUGUCGACGACUUGUAUGCGUUGGGUUUGAGUAUCUGGCAGCUUUACUCUGGCAGGAAACCUUUUGCCAACCUGGAGCCAGAUCAGAUCUUGGAGCUGCUGAAGCAGAAGUGGACUGUUGAUUUGAACGUCAUCACCGAUGCCCCAAUCAGAAACAUCGUGGCUCGAUAUCUGUCGAUGGGUGGCGCCACACUUGAAAAAGGGUAUCCAUGA